CGCGAUUCAGAGUUUCAGUACGAAUUGUCGUGUCAAGCGCACAGGAAGCGAUCGCAACCCGGAUCGGAUUGGAUCGGAUCGGAGCCCCAUAUGUACUAUAUGUACAUCGCAGACUUUACGGUGAACAGCGUCGAUCGCAUGUGGACAAACAAUUAAAUACAAGGUCAAAGAAGCGCUAACAGAAGAGGCAAAGACGAAAUAUACAAUAUUCAACCAAAAGAAAUGACGGCCAACACAGCGACGUCGGAGGAAAAUCUACUGGGGCAAAGUGGACAGCCCCAGGAGCCCUCCACGCCCACCUCGGAAACGGAAAUAGGCGGUGGCACGCCCACCGAACUGAGCGAGAUCUUUUUCGUGGACAACAGUCGCCGCAAGCACAGCAUCAAGAUCCAGGUUAAACUCUGCCCCGAAGGAGUUUAUCUGCGUCGCGAAACGGACGCAGACGAUCACAUCAACGAGCAACUGAUCAGGAUCGAUGACAUCAUAGGAUCUCGCUAUGGGCCGCGCCUCAAGAAACGUGCCCGUGGUGGUCUGAACUCCUGCCGUAAUCCCAAUGUUCCCGGUCAGGAGGCGGAACCCGAACCGGACAGCGAUAAUAGCGCCUAUUUAUACAUCUAUGCCUAUCUGAAGAAGGAAAAACCCCUGAGGCGCGUCCAAACCCUUAGGAUUCUGCGCUUCCGAUCGAGCAAUGACUAUGGCGUCAAUCUCCAGACCGCAGAGCUAUGGCAUCAUACGAUCCGCAAACAUAAGCGCGGCGACGACAGUUGUUCCCCCGCUGAUUCAGGCAAACAAUUGCUCAUCUUACUCAAUCCCAAGUCCGGCUCUGGCAAAGGUCGCGAGCUCUUCCAGAAACAGGUGGCACCCCUGUUGACGGAAGCGGAGGCCCAGUACGAAUUGCAGAUCACCACGCAUCCGCAGUAUGCCAAGGAGUUUGUGCGGACCAGGAAGGACCUGCUGGAACGCUAUUCCGGCAUAGUGGUCGCCUCCGGCGAUGGCCUCUUCUACGAAGUACUCAACGGCCUGAUGGAGCGCAUGGAUUGGCGCAAGGCCUGUCGGAUGUUGCCACUCGGCAUCAUACCCUGUGGCUCCGGCAAUGGCCUGGCCAAAAGUGUGGCCCACCACUGCAACGAACCGUACGAGCCCAAGCCCAUCCUCCAUGCCACCCUGACUUGCAUUGCUGGCAAAAGUACACCCAUGGAUGUGGUCAGGGUGGAACUUGCGCCCAGGGAUAAGCACUUUGUGAUGUACUCCUUCCUGUCGGUGGGUUGGGGUCUGAUAGCCGACAUCGACAUAGAGAGCGAGCGGUUGCGAUCGAUUGGAGCCCAGAGAUUCACGCUGUGGGCCAUCAAAAGGCUGAUUACCCUGCGAACCUACAAGGGCCGGGUGUCCUACCUACUGGCCAAGAACCCAAAGAAUGUAGAAGUGGCCAAAGAAGCCAGGGAGAUUCCACUAGAAGAGAAGAGGCCAUCGCUCGCAACAGUCCGUUCAUCGCUGCCCAUAAAUACCGGUGAAUUUCGUGAUUUACCCGACGAAGAUGGGGAACUCGAUGCGGAUGAGUUCGCCGAUGCCAUAUCCAUGGAUCGCUCCGUUUAUCGUCAGCAUGCCGACAGCUGGCACUCGGCCAUGUCCCGCAGAACGGCGUACUACUCCUUCGGAGGACCCAGUCUGCGUUCCAAUCGCAGUCGCUUGAGCGUGAGCCAGCGGAUCGAGGCGGCCAACGCGGAGUUCGCGGAGAAGGUGCCAACGGGCACCAUUCCGGGAUUGCAGGUGCCUCUCCAGGGUACAGAGGGGUGGGUCUGCGAGGAUGGGGACUUCGUGAUGGUCCAUGCCGCCUACACCACCCAUCUCUCCUCCGACGUCUUCUUUGCCCCCGAAUCCCGGCUGGACGAUGGCCUCAUCUACCUGGUGAUCAUCCGGAGUGGCGUGAGUCGCCAUCAGUUGCUCAACUUCAUGCUGAGUCUGAACACGGGCACCCAUCUGCCCAUCGGCGAGGAUCCCUUCAUCAAGGUGGUGCCCUGCCGGGCAUUCAGGAUUGAACCCAAUAGCUCCGAUGGCAUCCUGGUGGUGGACGGCGAACGGGUGGACUACGGACCCAUUCAGGCGGAGGUGAUGCCCGGCCUGGUCAAUGUGAUGACCACCAGUGGUCAGUAGUGAUCGUGUAUACAAUAUACCUGGUGCGAGGGGUGAUAAGGUACAAUUACCUAUUUGAUUUAACUACAUUCAGUGAAUGUCAUCAUUCAAUAGCUGCUGCUCUAGAUCAAUUCGUCAAAUGUUUAACUUUUAAAACACUUUUUUUUUGUAAGAAGCACUUUAACUGAAUUAAAUAAUUAUGUUACAAACUCUCUAAAGAUAUUUGUACCCCAGCAAAAACUUUUACAUUCAAUCAUUUCACUUAACCAUAAACAUUCGAUAGGGUAAUCGAAAUUAUAAACAUUGUUUACAUUCAGUGAAUGUCCAUGUCUACAUUCAAAAGCUGAUUUAGAUUUGUAAGUUAUAUAUAUAUGUUUAGAUUUAUUCUCUAAGAAACGGUGUCUAUAAUGUUGUAGAAACAUAAUUAUUUGUAGUCCUAAUAUUUGAUAUUAAAUGUUUAUCUGUCAUUAAAACUAUUGAAAUUGCAAAAUGUACUUCAACCAAUAAUCCCAUAUAUACGAAAGUUCUAUUAACUCUCUACUUUUUUCAUUCGCCAAUGUAUCAAAAAAAAUACAUUAACAUAUGAACUAAGUACUUGGUUAAGUUGGUUUCAAUCAUUUUUGUUUUAAUCGGUUGAUAGUGUUAAUUAUUUUAAGAACAAUACAUAUACGAAUAAAACAAAUAACCGCUAUACAAAUUUGGAGAUUGUGCGGGUACAAGUGUUAAUGGUA